UUCAAAUCUUCCUCCUCUUGGUCGUCUUCGUCGUCAUCCUGUUCGUCUUCCACUUCUUCUUCCUCCAUCUCUUCGUCCUCUUCGUCGUCUUCUUCAUCGUCUUCGUCAUCUUGUUCGUCGUCCUCAUCGUCCUCUUCGUCGAGAAGGAAUUCUAAAAGUCUUCUUUGGAUUUUAUAUAGAUCCACGGUGAAGAAGGCUGGAAAGACUUGGGGUAGAGGAGUUCCAUUGAACAGUUCACCAGUCGGUAUCUGGAGU